CCCACAACUAUUACUGACAGGGUAACAAUCCGUGCCAUACGUCUCCGCUCAUCCCAGCGUUAGACACUUUAUCAAACAUGCCGGCCGCACGUACGGUCACACCGUCGCCCCCCGCUUCGAUCCAUACCGUCGAAGUACAGGACGACAACAAUGUCGAGGAUCACCCUUCAGAUGCCAACGAGAGGACGUCCCUCUUGAGAACGACGUCCCGUAAUUCUGCAGCCCCCAAGGUCUAUGUCAACAGCAAGCACGGAAGGGUCGCUAAACCCACCAGCGCCGCUCGUCGUCCCGCGACGGUCGAGCAAGAAGCUGUCAAGGUUCAGCAAGGGCAGAGGCGCAUCUUGACGUCGAUACCGAUGCAGAUCCUCUUCUUCUCCGUUCUCGCCACGACGUUCGCCUCGUUGGCCAUGGUCCUCGUCCUCUCUCUCAACGCGGCCUACGAUUUUUCCAGCGCCCUACUUCCCUACCGAGGAUCAGGUAUGCUCGAAGUUUGGAUCGCCGGUCUAGGAGCAUGGACAGGGUUCCAGACCAUCUUCUUCUUUGCCUCGCCCGUCUACCUCAUCUUCCUCGUCAACCUCCUCUCUCUCCUGCUUCUUACCGUGCUCUUCCUCAUGACCAUGAUCUCGCCCCCCUUGCGAACGGCACACUACCCACUCAUGUUUGUUCCUCUCGGAGUCACUGCCUUGAUCUAUUUGCUCGCCCUCUUGUCUUCGUGGGCCGUUCGUCGAGCUAGGGAUACCGAGGGCAAAAGAUUGAUGCAGGUCCUCGCCGAACGACACGGCGAGGAGGGUCGUGGUCGGGUCAACGCGUCCGAGAGGAGGGCGGCUCAGCGGGAGCACGAGGAAGAGAUCGCUCAGGCUUUGGUGGGCAUGCAAGGGAAUGGGUUCUGGAAGGGACUCGCUAGGGGUCUGAAGGCCGUGUCGGGUUUCAUCGGGAGUCUCGCUGGUGUCACCGUCGUCACCCUGCUGAUCGCCAACCUUUGUCUGCGGGCUUAUGACAACACCGUGCCCCUGUUGUCCGAGGAGAGCAAGCUGAUCAGGGUCCACCCUGCUGGCUACCCAUGGUCCUUCAACGUACAUCUCCUGUGUACGGACGCGCCUCCUCACCUCAACGAAUCGGACCCUACCUUCGCCAUGGCCGACCUGAGCGAGGAUCUUCAGGUCCCCUUCACCUUCCCCUCGGACCACAAAGCGCCCCGAAACAACCACACCCACUAUCCGACAAUCAUAUACGAGGCACCUUCCGGUGUCCCCGGGUCAUUGGCCCACGUCCGACCUGCUCGAGUCAAGAACCCUUACAACCCUUUCCCUCAGCCCACUCCGCCCAAUAACGGGACCGAUAUCAACCAGGUCUCGCCUUAUCCUGGAAGCUGGAUCUUGAGCCUGCAGAAGGCUCGAAAGGUCGCCAGGGUCUGUGUUUGGGAUCGACCCGGUUAUGGUUUCUCGGAUUCCGGACCUGUCGAGCUGGGCAUGGUCGCGGAUUCCCUGCAACAAGCUUUGGAAAAGGCCGGUGAAAAGGGACCUUACAUCUUGGUCGGAGAUGGUUACGGAGGCAUGGUUACUCGAGUCUUUGCUUCUCGACACAAGAAGCAAGUCCACUCGAUCCUCCACAUCGAUGCGCAAACCGCCCAGACCUACUUCCGUUUCCCUCCCGGAUGGAACCUCUUGACCCUUCGCCUUCACCGAUUGUGGGAUCACUUGUUGCCCUCGCUGGCUUCCCCUCUCGGUUUGCACCGAUUCUACUCGCUCUUCACCCAGUACGACCCUUCGUUGUCCCGAAUCUUGGCUUCGAAACGACCUCCCCCAUCGACGGCAAAGUUGUCGGAAAAGAUGCUACGUACGCUCCUGGCCGAGACGUAUCAGGCGCACACGCACGAUUCGCAGUCGUAUACCGAUCUCCUUAAAGCACAACCUCCGAAGUAUCCCUCGGACACCCCAGCCAUCAUCCUCAGCAGCAGGGAACAGAUGGAAAAGGAGAAGUCUUGGGCCGAGGGGCAGAGAAGUCUUGCCGAAGAGAUCACGAGCGAGACCGGAAGAGUCGACUGGCAGGUCAUCAAGGGUAAUGUAGGGCACGAUCUAUGUAGCCCUACCGCAGGCAAAGAUGCCAGGGGAAGGAGGGCUUGCAGUCGGGCGCUCGUCCACUUGUUCUCUCUCGAUUAAGGAGGAGGAUUGCUCGUAUCUUGCACAGGUUGUCUAGUCUUGUUU